AUGGAGCUGCCCGCAAACGGGCCCGCGGGGCGGCAGGGCUGCCGGGCGGAGGAGGCGGAGGAGGUCACGCUCAGCGUGUACGACGUGUCCACGGACGGUCGCGUUCGGCUCCUCAACGGGCUCCUGCGGCCGCUCGGCGGCGGGGCCUUCCACGCGGGGGUGGUGGUGCGCGGCCGGGAGUGGAGCUUCGGCGGGCUCCAGGAGGACGGCACUGGGGUCUUCGACUGCAAGCCCCGGGCCAACCCGUACCACCAGUUCCGCGAGGCAGUCGCGCUGGGAUCGUCGCGCCUCUCGCGGGCCGAGAUCGCGGAGCUCAUCGCCCUCCUCAAGGCCCAGUGGCCCGGCAGCAGCUACGACCUGACCGCCAACAUUGCUGCCACUUCUGCGCGUCGCUGGCCAAGCUGCUGGGCGUGA